GCAUUGUGUCUGGCGGCGGCGCGGAAAGCCAUGGAGCCGCGGGCGCUCGUCACCGCGCUCAGCCUCGGCCUCAGCCUCUGCUCCCUGGGGCUGCUCGUCACGGCCAUCUUCACCGACCACUGGUACGAGACCGACCCCCGGCGCCACAAGGAGAGCUGCGAGCGCAGCCGCGCCGGCGCCGACCCCCCGGACCAGAAGAACCGGCUGAUGCCGCUGUCGCACCUGCCGCUGCGGGACUCGCCCCCCCUGGGGCGCCGGCUGCUCCCGGGGGGCCCCGGGCGCGCGGACCCCGAGUCCUGGCGCUCGUUGCUGGGGCUCGGCGGGCUGGACGCCGAGUGCGGCCGGCCGCUCUUCGCCACCUACUCGGGCCUCUGGAGGAAGUGCUACUUCCUGGGCAUUGACCGGGACAUCGACACCCUCAUCCUGAAAGGUAUCGCACAGCGAUGCACAGCUAUCAAGUAUCACUUUUCUCAGCCAAUCCGCCUACGAAACAUUCCUUUCAAUUUAACCAAGACAAUACAGCAAGAUGAAUGGCACCUGCUCCAUUUGAGAAGAAUCACUGCCGGCUUCCUGGGCAUGGCUGUGGCCGUCCUUCUCUGCGGCUGCAUCGUGGCCACGGUCAGCUUCUUCUGGGAGGAGAGCCUGACCCAGCACGUGGCCGGACUCCUUUUCCUCAUGACAGGGAUAUUUUGCACCAUUUCCCUUUGCACUUAUGCUGCCAGUAUCUCCUAUGAUCUGAACCGGCUCCCGAAGCUAAUUUACAGCCUUCCUGAUGGUGUGGAACAUGGCUACAGCUGGUCCAUCUUUUGUGCCUGGUGCAGCUUAGGCUUCACUGUGGCAGCUGGAGGUCUCUGCAUCACUUACCCGUUUAUUAGCCGGACCAAGAUUGUGCAUCUAAAGUCUGGCAGGGACUCCACGGUAUGACUCUUGCCUGUAGGUUCACUGCUCAGUGGCCCAUCCACAGUGCGGACGACUCCUGGGAGGAGCAAACAGAGGGUUCGGGUCAGGAUUCCAAGCAGAGCGGUAUCUUUUCCAUUCCAACCUGUUGCCUGCCCUCCCUUUCUGGAUAACUGGUAUAAAAUCAAGCAAGAUUUUAUAAGGAAAAGAAUACUGUGGAUUCAAGUGCUUUAAUGACUAUUUAUGCUUGGACUGUGUGAUAUAGGGAGCAGUGCCACAGAACACUUCUGGGUUUAGAAAAAGAGGAAACUGCAAUGGAAAGAUUUGUAUGAUUUCCAUUUAGUUCAGAAAGUUUGUAUAUAACAAUUACCUGAGAGUCAUUUCUAUUUGCAAAAUGAUUCAUAACAAAGUGAGUAUAAUUUUCUUGUCAUUGUACCACGCUUGUUAAAUUUUAAUGCAGCAUCUUCAGAACUUGUCCCAAUGGUGUCUUGUGUCAGCACCAAAUGUUUGUGCACUUGUGAAUGUUCCUUGUCACAAGAAGAUUCUCCUUCUGUUGCCUUAUCGUUAUUUUUUAAAUUGAAGUCUCUUCUCUGCCUUUGUACUGGAAUUGAAAUCACAGGAAAAACAGAUCAACCAUGUAAGAGCUAUUCUGUGACUCUAUGCAGUAUUGUUUGAAGUCCUGCCUGUUGUUCCACUUCUGAUUCUUUGUGUUAACUGGAUUUCUGCAUUAAAUGACUGCCCCUUGUUA